UUUAUUUUUUUGGGGUGUGAAUCUUCUCGGCCCAAAUCCGAUUCCGUGCUGUUCCGAGCACGCCCUCUUUUGUCCCAUCCAAGUCACUUUCGUUUGUCCAGAAUCGAAACCUCACGCGAGUGUAUAAAUAAAGCCGACCCAGGCGACGUUGCAGCAGGUCUCUCCGGGUAAGGACACGACACGAUGGGACUGUUGACGUGCAUUGCGGUUGCUGCGGGCGCAGCUGGUUCGGUGGCUCUGGCUCCGGUCGCCUUGGCCCUCGGCUUCACUUCUGCGGGAAUUGCAGCGGGCUCCACCGCCGCGAGCAUGAUGUCAGCCGCGGCCGUCGCCAACGGAGGAGGGGUGGCGGCAGGGAGCCUGGUGGCCGUCUUGCAGUCUGUGGGUGCCACCUCUGUAGCUGGUGCAGGAGGAACUGUGGCAGGAAUCAUCGCUGCACUUGUCUGAGGCCAAAACAUUUUGCUGAAUGGAUACUAUCUCAUAUUAUGUCAAUGAUAUCAUAAGAAUAUGUAUCUUCCUAAGUCAAUAAAACCUCAGUGUUGACAGCA